AUGCGUUUUCUUUCGGUCUCGUUAUUAUCGACUGUCCUUGCUUCUGUAGUAUUGGCACAGACUGGAGAACAAUCAGUAGAGAAUUCCUCUCCCGAUUUACCUGGUGAAGAGGAAGCUGCUGAUGUACCACAACCAACAACAUUUAAUGGAGUUCAAGUCCCCCCUCUACCCGAUAUAGAUGGAGAACUAUUUAAUCAGACUGUCGCGGAAGGUUAUUGGUUUGUUAAGCAUCACUCACCUUAUUGCCCGCAUUGUAUACACAUUGCGCCAACAUGGCAAACUCUCUACGAAUUCUAUUAUACUUCGAAACCUGUCAAAUCGGGAGCUGACGAUACCGCAUCGACUUCAAUGAAUACUUUCACCGCCUAUUACAACUACCAUUUCGGUUCUCUUGAUUGUAUCGCGUUUGGAACUGCCUGUACAGACCAUGGCGUAACUUCUUUCCCAACAUUUAUUUUAUAUAAGGAUGGUGAAGAAGCCAAACGAUUUGUUGGACCUAAAGAUAUGGAAAAGUUGGGUGCUUUCAUCGAGGAUAAUUUAGAAUCUAUCAGACCAGGCUCUAGACCAAUUGGUGGACCAAAGUACCCAGAAGAACGUGCAACACAAAGUCCAGAUUAUCAGCCCGGAGCAGCUGCUUCAAAGGAGACGGAAAAGACAAACGAGAAGUCGACAGACAAAGAAUCCGAUAAGUCAUCUGAUAAAUCAUCCGAAAAGACAUCCGAAAAAUCUACAGAAAAGGCAUCCGAAGGAUCCGCGCAAAAGCCAGAGACAGGAGCUGAGAAAGUAGCAGAUAAGGUCGCAGACGCUGUUGCUCCAGUAAAGGAUGCCGUCAAGGAUACUGCCGAAAAUGUCAAGGACAGUGUUAAGGACGCCGUCAAGGAAACGAAACCUGAAGUUGCCAAAAUCACCACUAAGCCUGUCCUUAAAGCCACACCAAUUGAGAAUAAGCCUUCAAAACCUACUCAAACUGCGAACCCACUCGGUACAUCCGUAUCCCUUACAGCCGAGAGCUUUCAAAAUUUGGUUACUAUGUCACAGGAUCCUUGGUUUAUCAAGUUUUACGCCCCAUGGUGUCAUCAUUGUCAAGCUAUGGCUCCUAAUUGGGCUCAAUUGGCAAAGGAAAUGAAAGGGAAACUAAACAUCGGAGAAGUCAAUUGUGAAGCAGAGUCUAGAUUGUGCAAGGACGUCCACGUUCGAGGAUAUCCCACCAUUCAUUUCUUCCGCGGCGGAGAACGCGUCGAAUAUGAAGGACUUAGAGGAUUGGGUGAUUUUGUUACCUUUGCCAACAAGGCCGUUGAUAUCGGAGAUGGUGUUAAGGAUAUCGAUGCGGCUGAGUUCAAGGAAUUAGAGGAGAAAGAAGAUGUCAUCUUUGUUUACUUUUACGAUCAUGCUACUACAAGCGAAGAUUUCGCUGCAUUGGAAAGAUUGACUUUGAGUUUGAUCGGACACGCCAAACUUGUCAAAACCAACAGUGCUACUCUUGCUGAUCGAUACAAGAUUACAACUUGGCCUCGUUUAUUGGUAUCCCGAGAUGGUAGACCAACUUAUUACACAGCACUCGCACCUCAAGACAUGCGCGAUUUCAGAAAGGUUCUUCAUUGGAUGCAAUCAGUUUGGUUACCUGUCGUGCCAGAACUUACAGCUUCCAAUUCUCGCGAAAUUAUGGAUGGUAAAAUUGUUGUCCUUGCAAUUCUUUCUCGAGACCGCGAACACGAUUUUGAAAUGGCUAAGAAAGAAUUGAAGCAAGCUGCGUUGGAAUGGAUGGAUAAACAAAUUAUCAAUUAUCAACGUGAACGUCAAGAGUUGAGAGAUGCAAAGCAACUCAGAUUAGAAGAAGCAGAAGAUCGAAAUGAUCAAAGAGCUUUGAGAGCUGCUAAGAGUAUCAGAAUUAAUAUGGAUAAAUCUGAUCAAAAGGAGGUUGGAUUCGCUUGGGUUGAUGGAGUUUUCUGGGAAAGAUGGAUUAGAAGUACAUAUGGUAUUGAAGUUAAGAGUGACGGUGAAAAGGUCAUCAUUAAUGAUGAAGAUAAUCGACGCUACUGGGAUACAACAAUCACCGGGAACUAUAUCAUUCCUUCUCGUACUUCAAUUUUGGAAACCAUUCCUAAGGUUGUCGUGAACCCUCCAGUUAUUAAACCAAAGAGUACAGUGGGUUCAUUUGAAAAAGCAUUCUUCAAUGUUAGAGGUGCGAUUUCAGGACAUCCAUUCCUUAGUUUCGGGGUUGCACUAGGAAUGAUCCUAGGUGCCACGAUGUAUGGAAGAGGAAAGAUUGGUGCGAGAAGAGGUGGUUUCUUUGGAGUAGAUGAUGGUGGUAAGGAUGGUUUAUUGGGUGGUGUUAAUGGUGGUGGAAAAGUCGAUUAA